UUUAUUAGGAAGAUGUCUAACUUACCUUCUUUUGCUCCUACUGCCCACCAGCAUUUGCUUCAAAAUGCAAAGCCAAAGAUCAUCCGUCGCUCAGCAAAUUUCCAUCCUAGCAUCUGGGGUGAGCGAUUCCUCAAAUAUGCUCCUGAUGAUAUGGUAUAUGAUGAUGCUUGUCCUGAACAUGUUGAAGAGUUGAAAGAAGAAGUGAGGACGAUGCUAAGGGUUGAUGCCAAUUAUGAUCCUUCAAACAAAUUGAACUUUAUUGAUUCAUUACAACGGCUUGGUGUGGCAUGCCACAUUGAAGGAGGGAUAGAGGAGGUCCUAGACCAGAUGAAGGAUGCACCCCCUGACCAUGGUUUUGAUGGAAACGAUCUUUACACCAUCUCUUUAUGGUUUCGAUUACUUAGACAACAAGGGUAUAAUGUCUCCUGCAAUGCUUUCAAUAGGUUCAAGGACAGCAAAGGCAGCUUCAAGGAUGACUUAAUUAAAGAUGUGCCUGGCUUGCUAUGCUUGUAUGAAGCUACACAUCUCAGGGUACAUGGAGAAGACAUUCUAGAUGAAGCCCUUGCAUUCACAACCACUCACCUUAAAUCUAUAGUUACUCAUGAUCAUCAUGAUGUAAAGCCUCCUCUUGCAAAACAAGUGAUGCAUGCUUUGAAACAACCCCUCCACAAGGGCAUGCCAAGAUUAGAAACAAGGCAUUAUAUAUUUGUUUAUGAAGAAAUGGAGACAAAGAAUGAGACUUUGUUGAAGCUUGCAAAGUUGGAUUUUAAUUCACUGCAGUCAAUUCAAAAGCAGGAGCUAAGCCAACUCUCAAGAUGGUGGAAAGAAUUGGAGUUUGCAACUAAUCUCCUUUAUGCGAGAGACCGACUCAUGGAAUGUUAUUUUUGGAUAGUGGGGGUGUAUUUUGAGCCACAUUACUCUCUUGCUAGAAUGAUGUUAACCAAAGUUCUAGCCAUGACUUCAAUCGUAGAUGACACCUACGAUGUGUAUGGCACAUUGGAAGAACUCAAGCUCUUCCACUACAAGAAAAAGGUGUUCACAGAUGCAAUUGAGAGGUGGGACAUAAGCGUCAUGGAGCAACUUUCCGAUUACAUGAAAGUACUUUAUUCUACACUCCUAGAUGUUUACAAUGGAUUUGAGGAAAAUCUGAGGAAAGAAGGACAAUCUUAUCGAGUUAAUUUUGCAAUAGAAGCAAUGAAGAGAUUGGUCAGAGCCUACUUCAUAGAAGCCAAAUGGUUUAAUGAAGGAUGCAUUCCAACAUUUGAUGAGUAUAUGGGAAUUGCAUUAACCUCAAGUGCUUAUGGCAUGCUUACAGUCACAUCCUUUCUUGGCAUGGGAGAUAUUGAGACAAAGGAGGCAUUAGACUGGGCAAUUGAUGAUCCUAAACUUGUUAGAGCUUCAUCAUUAAUAGGCCGGCUUAUAAAUGAUAUCUUAUCCCACAAGAUGGAGCAAGAGAAAGGAGAUGUUUGUUCAAGUAUUGAAUGCUACAUGAAACAACAUGGUGUCACAGAGCAAGAGGUAUGCGAUGAGUUGAGCAGAAGAGUAGAGAAUGCAUGGAAAGAUGUGAAUGAAAGUUUCAUCAAACCAACUGCCAUCCCAAUGCCAUUUCUGAUGCGGGUUGUCAAUCUUGGGCGUAUGAUUGAUGUCAUAUAUAAGCAUAAGGAUGGAUACACAGAUUCCUCAAAAGAACUGAAAGAGUACAUCACCUUGUUGUUCAUUGAUCCACUACGCUGAUUGUCUCACUUGGAUAUAUUUGUAAACGG